GCGCCCCUCACAGUGUUACUGGUGGUCGGCGGAGCAGGAGUACCUUGAGGCGGUGUGAGUGGCCGUGGUCAACCUUACUGAGGGCCGCCUUAUCGUAUGCUGACAGGAUAUCUAAGAUCUGAGGCUAUCGCUUGGCGUGGUCACUCGUUUACGGAUAGUCGAGAUCUUAAUUUGUCUCGUGACUCAAGUGGUUGAAGCCAGAGGGAAGUGGUCAGUGACCCCAGGUGACCCUAGGUGGACCCCAGGUGGACCCCGGCCAUGCUUCACUACCACAUACUGCCUUGGUCAGCUGUAGCUGGUGUCAUGACGUGUGUAAUACUGAGGUACGUGUGGACGACGUUGACCAACAGGGAGGUGGAGCCGAGCGGGCGGAUAGUGGUGGUGACCGGGUGUGACAGUGGUAUAGGUUACCAGGUGGCCAGGAGCGCGGCCUCCUGGGGGUGGACGGUGGUGGCCACCUGCCUAAACCUGCAGGGUGAGGGCGCCCUGGCCCUCGCCCGGGCUGGCGUCCACACCGUCUACCUCGACUUCACUAAACCCAACAUGCUCCGCUCCCUCCAGGAUAAGCUGCAGCAGCUCUGGGAGGACGAUGGCAAAGAGCUGUGGUGUCUAGUGAACAACGCGGGCAUGAUGACGCACGCGCGCCUGGAGUGGCACACCAACGACAUGGUGGUUGAUCAGGUCAGAGUUAACCUGACGGGGCCCAUUGACCUCACCAGGGCUCUCCUCCCCACCAUCAGGAGAAACAAGGGUCGUGUGGUGAUGGUGUCUUCUCCAGCGGGGCAAGUACCCGUGCCCAAGAUAUCGGUCUACUGUGCCACAAAGUGGGGCAUAGAAGGCUUCAGCCAGAGCCUGCGCUUAGAGUUGGACUCCUCGGGAACCUCUGUAGUCAUCGUCAGACCGUGUAACCUGCCUAACCGCACAGGAAUAUUGAGCAGAAACGCUGGUCAGCUCAGACGAAUGAUUGAGGCAGCGAGUGAGGAGACACUACAGACUUACAGGAAAGAGAUGCGAGAGUCGCUGCACGUUUUUGAGAUGCACUUCAGCGACGUCUCCACAGUACAAAACAUUAACGACCCGUUGCUCAUGCAGUGUUUCAGGAGGGCAAUGAUGAAAGAGAAGCCCGCUGCCGCCUAUUCUGCCGCGCCCCUGACGGUACGCUUCUAUCUGGGACUCCUGCAGAUACUGCCCUCCUCCUUCCUCUACGCUCUCCUCAAGUGGGGCGUCUACUAUAAGAUUAUGAAUCUUGCUAAAAACACAUAAUACGGAAAAUGAACCAGUACUGUGGUUCACAACGUGACCCCUUGCGUCGCAAGGUGGUUCAGAGUGUAACUCUUGAGAUGGUUCCUUGGUUUCUUGCUCGUUCAGACUUUUCAACUCCUUGGGGAUAGGCAGGAAUAUUGAACUAUAAAAUACUGACCAAAAACUAUACAUUAGUAUAAAAAUGCUUGAUAAUUCCUGACCCAGCUGGUAAACAAAGUGUGCCUUUUUAAAUGUUGCAUACAGGCUGGCUGAAACCCUUCCUUGGCUGGAAGGGAUUCUGGUUGAAUCAGAGCCAGCCAAACAAUUGGAAAAAUUUCCAGUUUACGUAGCAGUAAAAAAGUACGCAAGAGAUGUGCAACUACUGUGGGCUGCAUCCUGAAGGUGGUCAGUAGUUGGCACAAGGAAGCCCUCCAACAGCUUGAGUAUAAUCUGUUUACAGAAAACAGGCGUUCAAAGUCAGAUUUAGAUGGGGCUUUAACCUGGAUCUGACUUUAUAACCCUUCAUUUGAAGGGGAAACUGCACAAAUAUUAACUUGGUUUUCUUCACAUAAAUAUUGUAACUCAAAUGCAAUAUCAU